GGGGGAGAGGGCUCUCUUUCGCGGUGCCUUCGCCUGGCUCGGUCUCCGUGCUCUCCCUCGCCGCCGCCGCUGCCGCCGCCGCCAUGAAGACCGCUCCGCUCCUGGGCCUCCUCUUGCUGGGCCUGGCCUGCUCCGCCGCCGAGUUCGAGGAGGACGAGGGCGUCCUGGUCCUGAAGACGGCCAACUUCGAGCAGGCGCUGCAGCAGUUCCCCAACAUCCUGGUGGAGUUCUAUGCACCAUGGUGUGGCCACUGUAAAGCUCUGGCACCGGAGUAUGCGAAGGCAGCAGCUAAACUGAAAUCUGAGAACUCUGAAAUCAGGCUGGCUAAGGUGGACGCCACAGAAGAGUCAGAACUUGCCCAGCAGUUUGGUGUGCGAGGAUAUCCCACUAUUAAAUUUUUUAAGAAUGGAGAUAAAUCUUCCCCCAAAGAGUACACAGCUGGCAGGGAAGCAGAUGACAUUCUGAACUGGAUAAAGAAGCGCACAGGGCCAGCAGCUACUACAGUGAAGGACGUUGCUGGAGCUGAAGAACUCAUAGAAGCCAAUGAAGUUGCUGUGAUUGGGUUCUUUAAGGAUGCAGAGUCUAAUGCUGCCAAACAAUUCUUGUUGGCAGCAGAGUCCAUCGAUGACAUUCCUUUUGGGAUUUCCUCCAGCAGCGAUGUCUUUGCCAAAUACCAGCUCAGCAAAGAUGGAGUUGCUCUUUUUAAGAAGUUUGAUGAAGGCCGUAACAACUUUGAUGGGGAGAUAACGAAGGAGAACCUGCUGAACUUCAUCAAAUCAAACCAGUUGCCCUUGGUGAUUGAAUUUACUGAACAGACUGCACCCAAAAUCUUUGGAGGAGAGAUCAAAACCCACAUCCUUCUGUUCCUGCCCAAGAGUGAUACAGACUACCAAGUAAAACUGGAUAACUUCAAAAAAGCUGCGGAGAGCUUCAAAGCAAAGAUUUUGUUCAUCUAUAUAGACAGUGACCACACUGAUAACCAGAGGAUCUUGGAGUUCUUUGGCCUGAAGAAAGAGGAGUGCCCUGCCAUACGUCUCAUUACUCUAGAGGAAGAAAUGACUAAGUACAAGCCCGAGUCAGAUGAACUGACUCCAGAAAACAUCAGGGAUUUCUGCAACAAGUUCCUGGAGGGCAAAGUUAAGCCCCAUCUGAUGAGCCAAGAGAUUUCUGAUGACUGGGAUAAACAACCGGUCAGAGUUCUGGUUGGGAAGAACUUUGAGGAUGUGGCUUUUGAUGAGACUAAAAAUGUCUUUGUCGAAUUCUAUGCUCCCUGGUGUGGCCACUGCAAACAACUGGCUCCCAUUUGGGAUAAACUUGGAGAGACUUACAAGGACCAUGAAAAUAUUAUCAUAGCCAAGAUGGAUUCUACAGCCAAUGAGGUUGAGGCAGUGAAGGUCCACAGCUUCCCUACUCUCAAGUUUUUCCCUGCUGGUCCUGGCAGAACGGUUGUAGAUUACAAUGGUGAGAGGACACUGGAGGGCUUCAAGAAAUUCCUGGAAAGUGGUGGAAAAGACGGUGGCGUAGAUGAAGAUGAUCUGGAAGAUCUAGAGGAUAUGGAAGAGCCAGAUGCUGAAGGGGAGGAGGAGGAGGAUGCUACACUUAAAAAAGAUGAACUGUAAAGUUGAGUCCAAUCUGCAUAUCCCCCAGACACUACACUGUGGCUGCCUGCUCAUGCAGUCAAUCAAAUUCAGAAAUAAAUUCAAUCCAGAAGACUGCUGCUGGCUGAAGAAUACAGGGAAUGGUCAAAAGUAACCUUUCAUCCUAACUUCUCUGUCAAUUUGAUUGUUCUAGUCUUAUUUUUUGUUAUUUUGGAAAUGGGACUGGCCAGGUAGCCUACCCUACAGGGGACUUUUAUUUCUUCAUAUAUACACUGUGAUGUACAUUUUCUUUUCCUGCAGUGUUCUGUGAUCUGGGUAAAAGCAGGUUGACAUGGCAAUGUGUCUUGUUGCCUAAUCUGGGAGCUUUUCUAAUAAUGCCUCCUUCAAGCUUUAGUCACACUUGCUAAAAUGUCAUGAGCUGCUGUUGGCCCAGCAGGGUCUUGGUUAUUCUGUCUCAGCUGUUCUCUGUUCCCGUUUGAGGGGCCACUCCAACAUCAAAGCCAGUUCUAGGUUGACCACCAUAGUGCCCAGAGAAAGGAAAAGACAUGAGCGGGGUGGGAUAAGUCCUCUUAAUUCACUGCAUAAUCUUGCUUCCCCUUUAUGACUGAACAAAGUAUUUCUAUUCCAAAGAUCAGGAGGGGUAGGGAGACUUGCUAUGAGGAAGAAGGACUCAGUUGCUCCCUCUCCCAAGGCAAACGUUUGAUUCAUGCCACUACCCUGCCCCCUGAACAAACAUAAGAUUUGCUCAUAACAUAUUGCUUUGUGAAUGGGUUUCCCAGGUAUUUACAGAGCUGUUUGGAAAAUGGCGUGCCAGAAUGCAACAAAAGGACACUCAGUAACUAAAAUUCUUGUUUUUGUGGGGGGUACUUGAGAGCCAAGGAGUGCUAUGGGGAGGGAAAUGUGCGUUUCAGCAGAAUUGGGAUUAGUUUUGGGCAUCCAUGAUGCAAAAGGAAAUGGAACUCAUUGGCCAAAUAAAAGUUGAUUUUAAUACUAA